AGGGAGGGAGGCUGGGGUGUUUUGUGCCUGCAGAACUGCUGGAAGUGCUGGUUUGUUUUAAAGGGAAGGAAGGGACCGUUGGAAACCAGGCAGCGCUGCCGGAGACGUGCGUGACGAGGGGGGGACACCACUGCCAUGCUGGAGGCCCCUGCGUGGUCUGUGCGUGGAGCAAAGGACGAUGCCUUUCCUGCACGGCUUCCGCAGGAUCAUCUUCGAGUACCAGCCCCUGGUGGACGAGCUCUUGGGGCUGCUGGUGAUACAGGAUGCGGAGAGGCAGAGCGCUCUUGAGAGCCCUGCCUGUCUGGGCAGCGACCGGAGCCAGCUCUCAGCUGUGAGACGAGUCUUGGAGAGGGAGACGCACUCCCCGUUCUAUCAGGAAGGUGUGAGCUAUGCCCUGCUGAAGGUCACCGAGCUGGGGCUCGUUCCCGCUGCAGAAAUCCUCCUGGAGUUUGGAGCAGACCUCAGCUUUGAAGAUCCAGUCACCUACUACACCUCCCUGCACAUCGCUGUGCUCCGUAACCAGCCUGAUAUGGUGGAGCUCUUGGUGCACCACGGGGCUGACAUCAACCGGAGAGACCGGAUCCAUGAGAGCAGCCCCCUCGACCUGGCCAGCGAGGAGCCGGAGCGGUUGCCGUGUCUCCAGCGGCUGCUUCAGCUGGGGGCCGAUGUCAACACAGCUGACAAAAAUGGAAAGACAGCGCUGUUGCAUGCCCUGGCCAGCAGCGAUGGUGUCCAGAUCCACAACACUGAGAGCAUCCGUCUCCUGCUGGAAGGAGGUGCAGAUGUCAGGGCCACCACCAAAGAUGGUGACACCGUCUUCACCUACGUUAUCUUCCUGCUGGGAGAGAUGGUGUGCAGCAGCAGCGAGGAGGCGCAGGUGAUCAGCCGCUUCUGCUUCCGUGUCACACAGCUGCUGCUGGCCCACGGUGCCAACCCCAGCGAGUGCCCGGCCCCAGACUCCCUCACCCACCUCUGCUUCAAAAGCUUCAAGAGCCACUUCCCGCUGCUGCGUUUCUUGCUGGAGUCGGGUGCUGCCUACAACUGCUCCCUCCAUGGUCCCUCGUGCUGGUCCGGCUUCCACAUCAUCUUCGAGUGCCUCUGCUCGCACCUCAGCGUCUCCGAAGACGACAGCUUCUUUACAGACCUCAUCCAGAAGGGCCAGACUCUGCUGGAGCUCAUGAUGGCCAGUUCACAAGCCAUCCAGCUGCCCAGCAACUUUGAGGUCAACACCAGCACCUGUAGGUACCACGGGGAGAAGAUCCGGACUCUCUUCUGCUCUCUGAAGCAGCUGGAGCGCUCCCCGCAGGCACUGAAGCAUCUCUGCAGGGUGUUCAUCCGGCAGUGCCUUAAACCAUGGCCAGUAGAUGUUAAAAUCAAGGCUCUACCUCUUCCAGACAGGCUGAAGUGGUACCUCCUCAUUGACCACACUGCUGCCGGGCAGGAGGACCUCUGAGCCUGACUUGCACCUCUCCGUGUGCCACCAGAUCUCUGCCCUGGGACAGU